AUAUUUUACGCGUUGCAACAUAUCGAGAAUGAGUAAGUUAAAACUAAUGGAACACGUGUGUGUUUAGUUUUCUAAUGCUUUUUAUACAAUACCCACCCACUAAGAUUUUAUAGAUUUUUUUUUCGCGGCUGAAUAUCUGACAUCCAACGUCGAACCAACUUUACAUCGGUUGAAGAAUAAUCCAACCAACCGUAGUAAUUUAGAUCUUAAGUUUCGUUUCUUCCGUUGAUAGCCGCUUCCGCAGAAACAGUUGUACUUAUUUCAUGAAAGGCAGUGUAAGAUCAUAACUGAUCUAAUAUCUGCACAUCACCACGGAGCUCACGACUCCAGAGCUAAGAAACAUGAACAGGAAAAACAGAAAAAAUCAGCUCUCCAAGGAUGAUUUGCGUGCCGUUGGUUUUGACUUUAUAGAAUUUCUGGCAGAAAGCAACAGGAGAUCCAUUACUGAUCGAAUCAUUCUCAAAAACAUCUACAACGAUGAGUUCCGAAACAGGGAUGGAGUCAGAGACCCAAACUUCUCUUCAGUUCUCUUUGUAUUGAGAAAUUACAAAAAAGCACGCAUCACCAGAUCAGGACAUGUUUACUUUAACUCUAAUGUCAGAGUGGUGCACGAUCAAUGGUUUAUACACCGUCACAGACAACAAAACCAAGCUACUCCCCCUCUGAGUAAUGGCAGCUCAUCGCCACCCGCCAGUGGCCAGGUUCCUGACCCACCGUCAGUGCCAGGGCCAGAAGAUGGAGUCCGAGGAAGGAGAAAUCUGUCAAAAGCCCUCCUGAAAAGAAUAAACACUACAGAACGGUCUGAGUUUAUCGCUGAUAAAAGUGGGGUGCGGGUAUCCUCAGAGCUGCAGACAGAGGAUGGCGUGAUACAGCUGUUUGUGGAGGAGGAAGAAAUGCGUGAAGUGAAGCUGUUUGUGGAGAACACGGGUCAGGAGGCUGUGUAUUUCACAUACUACACUGCUCUUCACUGGCUGCAGUAUUUCACUCUGGAAGACAGCAGAAGAGUCACACGUAACAAUCCACUCCGUCUGGGGCCAUGUGAGAAGUAUGAGGUGACCUUAAGAUUCAAAGCAGAACAGAUAGGAGUCUAUCCUGCUACUCUGGCAUUUGAGUUCAAGGAAAACACCCAACCCACCACCUGUCCUUUCCACAUUGUUCGGUUCAUUCAGGCAGAAUACAGGUCCGAGCUUGCAGCUCUGCUGGGUCCAGAAGCACCAUUCAGACCUAAGAGACUUGAGACCUAUGAACCUGCGAGGUGCAACAUAGAUGAGGGGGUUCAACCUGAGAGUUUAACACAAAACUUUUUAAAGUUUGUGUUGCCACUGGAUAGCUACACACGUCCUUCUUACAUCUCUGACUUAGCCGAGGUCCUAAAAGGCAGCCGUUCUUUCCCGAAGCUCCAGGAACAGAAGUCACUGCUGGAGAGUGAUCUGGGUUUUCAUAACUAUAUUGAGCGCUUUGAUUUACUACUGUACCUGGAGGAAGAUCAAAUGCGUCUAGACAUCAAGAGGUAUAACAAAGAUGAUGUGUCCAUGGUGAGAGACCAUGAGAACAAACGACUGCUGGUCUUAGAGCUCCCCGGUGUUUCGGAGAAUAGGCCAUCAGUCCUGAGAGGAGAUCACCUGCUUCUCACCAAGAGUGACGAGGUCCAGCUCUCAACUGUGACCAAAUACAAGGGCUAUGUCCACAGAGUGGAACUGGAUCAGGUCAAACUGGGCUUCUCUCGAAGGCUGCUUGACGGUUUCAUAGAUAAUAUGAAAUUCCGUGUGGAGUUCACAGUGAAUCGUCUCCCGUUGAGACUGCAACACAGAGCAGUACACAUGGCGGUCCAGCACGAGCUCAGAGAUGUGCUGUUCCCUGUGGGCUCAAGGAGCUUGAACCCUCCGUCUCCACCUGCACUGAGGCUUUUUGAUCAAAAGCUGGAGAAGAACCAUGAACAGAAAAAAGCUGUAUGUAACAUUGUGGCUGGUACAUCCAAGCCGGCACCGUACUUGGUGUUUGGACCUCCUGGCACUGGUAAAACAGUCACGAUAGUGGAGGCCAUCAAACAGGUGGAGAAGAAUAUACCUGGGGCCUACAUCCUGGCUUGUGCUCCAUCUAACAGUGCAGCUGAUCAGCUGUGUGAAAAGUUGAUCACAAGUGAACAUGUUGAUGCACGGAAGAUAUACAGAGUCUACGCUAGCUCACGCAAUCCAAAAGAUAUCCCUAAAGUCCUAGAGAAAAACAGUAAUGUGGAGGGAAACACAAUUAUUUUCCCAUGUAAAGAGGAUCUGAUGUGCUACAAGAUCAUAGUGAGCACUCUGGUCACCGCUGGCAGGCUGGUCAGUGGGGGUUUUCCUAUAGGUCAUUUUUCUCACAUCUUUGUGGAUGAGGCAGGGCAUGCUGUGGAGCCAGAGGCCAUCAUCAGUGUGGCAGGUCUGUUGAAUGCAAAGUCUGGACAGCUUGUUUUGGCUGGAGAUCCCAAGCAGCUGGGGCCAAUCCUGAGAUCUCCUUUUGCCAUUAAAUACGGACUUGGUCUUUCCUUGCUGGAGAGGUUAAUGACACAGAAUGAACUUUACCAGAAAGGCACUAGUGGAUACGACAACCGUUAUGUAACCAAGCUACUGAAGAACUACAGGUCUCAUCCAUCCAUUCUGAAGAUUCCUAAUGAGAUGUUCUAUGAUGGGGAGUUGGAGGCAUGUGCAGAUGAGAUGAUCUCCCGCCAGUACUGCAUGUGGGAGCACCUGCCGAAAAUCGGAUUUCCUGUGAUUUUUCAUGGAGUGAUUGGAAAGGAUGAGAGAGAGUCGAACAGCCCCUCCUUUUUCAACACUUCUGAAAUCGAUAUCAUCCUUGACUACCUGAAGAAGCUCCUGACACCGGCGAAGAAGGGCAUUGCAAGAAUCUCCCCCAAAGAGAUUGGCAUUAUCGCACCCUACAGGAAACAGGUGGAGAAAAUCAGGAAGGCCAUUAAGAUGCACAGGGAGCUUAAAUCCUAUUUGGGCAUCGAGGAGCUGAAGGUUGGCUCCGUGGAGGAGUUUCAAGGCCAGGAGAGGAAAGUGAUCAUUGUGUCCACUGUUCGCAGCGACAAGAAACACAUCAUUUUGGAUGAAACGUUCAACAUUGGCUUUCUGAAGAAUGAGAAGAGAUUCAACGUGGCAGUGACCAGAGCAAAAUCCCUGCUCAUUAUGGUCGGGAACCCCAUCAUUCUGCAAACAGACGCGACCUGGGGCAGGUUUAUUAAUUACUGCAUUGAGAAGGAAGGUUAUACUGGAUAUGAUAUUUCCAACUUGGAGGAAACGGAUGCGGUUGUCGAGCGUCUGCUAGCACUAAACAUCCGCGAGGAGAUCGUAGUGGAAACAGAGGAGAGUGUGGUCCAGCAACAUCUGAAUCCUGAGUGGAGACAUGACCAUUAAAUGAAGUGCCAUUCUUAAAGUGCCUCACAGCCAGGCCCCUCUCAUUAGCAUAACCACACCCCUUUCCCCAUCCUCUUGCUGCAGUUAAACUGGGAGAGUUUAUAUGAAGAAGUUUAAUUUUAAAGCUAAAGUUGCUAUAUGAUUUAAAAAUAGCGUUAAAGUAAAGGUGUUUUUUUUUUUU